AUGUCAGGCGAGGACCACGCCCAUAAAAUCCCAAGCCGGCAAAAGACGAACAGCAAUAGUGGAGCGUUCAUCAAAAUGGCUGUCGCAGAGAAGAGUACUUCGAUAUCAAGCAGAGCCCACCUCCCCACUGCUACGAAGCGCCAAAACGAAAAUCUAGCAAGGCGGAUUGAGACUCUCUUUGUCAAAUCCCACGAGAUAUGGGAGAUCUAUGGCGUCGACGUGGCGGUGAUUCUCAGGAAGAACAGCCAGUACUCCACCUACAGGUCAAUAGACGAACCGAGGUGGUCACACCGAUCUCAUCCGGAGAUCUCGAAGGCAAAACUGCAAAACGCAAGUCGCUUGCCAACGCCGGAAAGUCGCCGAGUCAAGUAG